AUGGAGCUCUUCUCCGGACUUAGACGGCUCCUGAGCCGGAGGAGUCGCACAGGGAGUCGAGGAGUGUCCGGGGAGAGGGAAAAAGCAUUUCGGGGUCGGGCUCAGGAACCAGAGAAGUUACACAGGCGUGAUUGCCUGGAAGAUUAUUCCGAUACCGAAUCAGCACAGUUCAGCUUCUUCACCACCCGGCUGGAUUCGGUGAUUCAUGCAUCCAGCAUCAACUCUUUGGCGUUGAUCUAUGGACCUCUCCACGAGUUACUUGACAGUGGAGAGCAUGAUGGUAUCUGGUGGCUCGACGUCACGGAUCCUUCGGAUGGAGACAUCGAGCUUCUUUCCCGACUGUUUGACAUUCAUCCGUUGACAACGGAGGAUAUCAAGAUCCGGGAAACCCGGGAAAAGAUCGAACUCUUUGGCCCGUAUUAUUUCCUCUCACUACGGCCGCCCCAGCAGGCGGAAGACACGCCUGGCUCGCGGACGUCAGGAUGCAACGUCUAUGCUAUUGUAUUCCGUGAGGGAGUUCUCAGCUUCACCUUUGGCAGCAGUCCUCAUACCAGUCACGUCCGGAGUCGGAUCAAGGACCAUCAAAGCCAUCUCUUUUUGACAAGUGACUGGAUUUCUUACGCUCUGAUGUAUGCCACCUUUCCCUGCUUUUGGAAAAAUUUGACUGAAAAAUGCAGCGACGACAUCGUCGACGGCUUCGCUCCACUCAUCAACCAAGUUGAAGCCAGCGUGGAGACGAUGGAAGACAGUGUCUCCAUCACCCGACCGGAUGAUAUCGGACUUGCACUGAAGCAGAUCUAUAAAUCGCGCAGACAAGUGCUCCAGAUCCGGCAACUCCUCAACGACAAAACCGACGUCAUCCGGUGUUUUGCCCGGCACUGCGACACACUGGGUUCCACGACCGAAGUGGUCUCCUACCUCAGCGAUAUCCAAGACCACGUCUUGACCAUGGUCUCCAACCUGGCGCACUCGGAGCAGAGACUGUCCCGGUCGCAGGAUAAGUACCUGAGUCAGCUGUCGUUCGACUCGACCCGGAUGCGCAAUCAGAUAGUGGCUACGCUCAGCCGUCUGACGGUGAUUGCGUCCUGUAUCGUGCCUAUGCAGAUCAUCACCGGUCUGUUUGGGAUGAAUGUCAUGGUGCCGGGCAAGAACAGCGAGGGGCUAGCGUGGUGGUUUGGGAUUUUGGGUGUUAUUCUCGCGUUGAUUGGUUUGUCUUUGGCGGUUGCGCGGCGCAGUCGAUUUCUGUGA